AUGGGGCAGCUCAUGGCCUACUGGUACUUCGGGCAAGUGUGGUGUGGUGUGUACCUGGCACUGGACGUGCUCUUCUGCACCUCGUCCAUCGUUCACUUGUGUGCCAUAAGCCUGGACCGCUACUGGUCUGUGACGCAGGCGGUAGAGUACAACCUGAAGCGCACGCCGCGCCGUGUCAAGGCCACUAUCGUGGCCGUGUGGCUCAUUUCAGCUGUCAUCUCCUUCCCGCCUCUUGUCUCGUUCUACCGCCGGUCCGACGGCGCCGCCUACCCGCAGUGCGGCCUCAACGAUGAGACCUGGUACAUCUUGUCCUCCUGCAUAGGCUCCUUCUUCGCGCCCUGCCUCAUCAUGGGCCUGGUCUAUGCACGCAUCUACCGCGUGGCCAAGCUACGCACGCGUACGCUCAGCGAGAAACGUUCCGUCGAGUUCUUUCUGUCUCGCCGGCGCCGGGCGCGCAGCAGCGUGUGCCGCCGCAAGGUGGCCCAGGCGCGAGAGAAGCGCUUCACGUUCGUUUUGGCGGUGGUCAUGGGUGUGUUCGUACUAUGCUGGUUCCCCUUCUUCUUCAGCUACAGCCUGUAUGGCAUCUGCCGCGAGGCCUGCCAGUUGCCUGAACCGCUCUUUAAGUUUUUCUUCUGGAUCGGCUACUGCAAAAGUUCGCUCAACCCGGUCAUCUACACCGUCUUCAAUCAGGAUUUCAGGCGCUCUUUCAAGCACAUCCUCUUUCGAAGAAGGAGAAGGGGCUUCAGGCAGUGA